CCGGAAGCUGCGCAGCUCGCCAGGCGCGUGCGUAGUGCCGUCGCCAGCCAGCGCCGGGCAGGCAGGUUGGGAGGGAGGGAGCGGCGCUCGCGCGCCUCGGGCCCGAGAGCAGACAGCGCGGGGCCGGGCCGCGCCGGCAGCAGGAUGAUGGCAAAUUUAGGAUGUAGCUCUAGAAGUUUUUCCAAGGAAAUAGCAUUAAUCACAGGAAUCAUGACGACCUCAGGAAAAGAGAAUUUCCGACUGAAGAGCUACAAGAACAAAUCUCUAAACCCUGAUGAGAUGCGUCGCAGGCGAGAGGAAGAGGGUCUUCAGCUACGGAAGCAAAAGAGAGAGGAGCAGUUGUUUAAACGUCGAAAUGUUGCAACAGCUGAAGAGGAAGCGGAAGAGGAGGUGAUGUCAGAUGGUGGCUUCCACGAGGCUCAAAUGAACAACAUGGAGAUGACCUCAAGUGCAGUCAUCACCUCUGAUAUGAUUGAGAUGAUUUUCUCCAAUAGUCCAGAACAGCAGCUUUCAGCCACCCAGAAGUUCCGAAAGCUUCUUUCUAAAGAACCAAAUCCACCAAUAGAUGAAGUCAUAAGCACACCAGGAGUGGUGGCCAGGUUUGUGGAGUUCCUCAAACGAAAAGAAAACUGCACAUUACAGUUUGAAGCUGCGUGGGUGCUGACAAAUAUAGCUUCGGGGAAUUCCCUUCAGACUCGAAUAGUGAUCCAAGCAGGAGCUGUCCCUAUCUUCAUAGAACUACUUAGUUCAGAGUUUGAAGAUGUACAGGAACAGGCAGUAUGGGCUCUUGGCAACAUUGCUGGAGACAGUACUAUGUGCAGAGACUAUGUAUUGGACUGUAAUAUCCUACCCCCAUUAUUGCAAUUGCUUUCAAAACAGAACCGUCUUACUAUGACCCGAAAUGCUGUUUGGGCUCUAUCCAACCUCUGCAGAGGGAAAAAUCCUCCUCCAGAUUUUGCCAAGGUUUCACCUUGUCUUAGUGUGCUUUCCUGGCUGCUCUUUGUCAAUGACACAGAUGUAUUAGCUGAUGCCUGCUGGGCUUUGUCCUAUUUGUCUGAUGGCCCCAAUGAUAAAAUCCAGGCUGUGAUCGAUGCAGGAGUCUGCAGAAGACUUGUGGAAUUGCUGAUGCACAAUGACUACAAAGUUGUAUCUCCUGCCUUACGAGCUGUUGGGAACAUUGUCACAGGAGAUGAUAUCCAGACCCAGGUAAUUCUGAAUUGUUCAGCCCUGCAGAGUUUACUGCACUUGCUAAGCAGCCCAAAGGAAUCUAUCAAAAAGGAAGCGUGCUGGACAAUAUCCAAUAUAACAGCUGGAAACAGAGCCCAGAUUCAGACAGUCAUAGAUGCCCAUAUUUUUCCAGCUCUUAUAAAUAUUUUGCAAACGGCUGAGUUUCGGACAAGGAAGGAAGCUGCUUGGGCAAUCACAAAUGCAACGUCUGGAGGCUCUGCUGAACAGAUCAAGUAUUUAGUAGAACUGGGAUGCAUCAAACCACUCUGUGACCUCCUUACAGUAAUGGAUUCAAAGAUUGUGCAAGUAGCGCUGAAUGGGCUGGAGAACAUCCUGAGGCUUGGAGAGCAGGAAUCCAAACGCAGCGGCUCUGGCAUUAACCCUUACUGCGCUCUUAUUGAAGAAGCGUAUGGCCUGGACAAGAUCGAAUUCCUGCAGAGCCACGAGAAUCAAGAGAUUUACCAGAAAGCCUUUGAUUUGAUUGAGCACUACUUUGGAACAGAGGAUGAAGACAGCAGCAUUGCCCCACAAGUGGAUCUCAGCCAGCAACAGUACAUCUUCCAGCAGUGUGAGGCUCCCAUGGAAGGCUUCCAGCUCUGAGGUGCCCCUGUGCUGUGUGCUCCCCUCUCUAGCCAGUCCUGUUGUCGAGCCACAAGCCACCUGUGGAGUGAUUCAAUGUUUUCCAUACCCCUGUUUGCGCUCAUUCGCUUGCCUUGUGCACACGCUCUUACAUACGUCUGGAAAACUUUUGGCUCUCCAUGGCAGGAUCCCCCCUCCUUGGCAAGGGGUCGCCAGAAUCACCCUUUUCCUCUAGAUUCUGAACCUCUCCACUGUCAUCUUCGUGGAGUUGAGGCACCUUUCUAUACUUCAAGAUAUUCCCUACUCCUAUUACAGGAAAACCCUCCUCCACCAGCCCCCAUGCUGCCGGCAUCUGAGAUAAGGCUGCCUUUCUCUUGUAUUUACUGCAGCGUGUGCCUGCAGUCCAGGGAGACAUUCAGACUUUCUGAGAACGUUGCUGAAUUCAUUCCCCGUGUUCUUCCCUGGAUGCCUCUUUGGACGGCUGUGUGAGAUGCAUUAAAUUUUCACAUGCAAUGAAGUUACUUUGCUGUAUGUGCCAGCUGGGGUUAUUGGCAUAUAGAACAUGUUACAAACAAUGGAGUAAGUUCUCUGUCCCCUGCAACAACAGGCUGCAAUGGACAUGUUUUCUGGUUCUUAAAAGUACUGAACACAUCUGGCCCCCAUCCCUUCUCAACACUGAGCUCCCAGGCUGGAUUACAGACCGCCGUGGAGAUUUGUAUACCUUCCCAGUUUUUCCUCUCCAUCCACAAAAAAAAAAAGAAGAGCCUGUGAAUAGGUCACUCUUACCCACCUACCCAGAAAUAACUUUCCUAAGGAGCUUCUAGAAUGCAGAAACUACUUCCACUUUUGCUUGCCAGCACAGUUUGAUCAUCCAGACAGGCUUUCCUUAAGUAUCAAGCCCUUUCUGACUUCAUGCUCCAGAGUCUGGUCCUCGGUAUUAAUAGUUAUGGCUGAAAAAUUCCUGUCUGCCUCUUUACAUUUUUACACAGCGUGACUUGAACAGAUUUAUCUUCUGAAAAAUGCAGAGAUCUUAAUUUGUAAAACUUAGCACAAGGAGCGUUGGACCUCCUUUUCAUUUUCACGAGACAAGAGCUUCCUUUCCAGCUCACCUAAUGAAACAGAAUCCUCCUGGUCGAGCCCCUUAUUUAACAGCGAAAAUGACACUACAUUCUAAGGGUAGCAACGUGAUAGCCGGAUCCUCCUGGCCCUUCCAUUUUGCUUUUCCCUCGUGCUGUUUACGGGACUUGGGGUGAAUUCGCACGGAACGCACUAUUCUUCCAGGUGACACCUGCACCAUGUCGCCGACUGCAUGGCAGUUGCCGCCCGCAGCUGGAGGCUGCCCUUCUGCUAGCAGCAUGUUCUUGGCUCCGCAGCCUGCUUGAAUCACAGACGUCUGAUGCAAAGGCCCACAGCCGCUCCUCACUGGGUUCAGCUGAGCUUGACCCCAAACUCUUCAAGCAGCUGGGGAGGGAGACACCAUGUGAUUGAAAAUGGCGGUUCCAUUUCUGUAAAUGCAAUGAAUUCCCCAGGCCACCUGCUCCCCCCUCCCCACAUCGGGCCGUGAUCUUUCAAGCCUUUUUGGAUGCUUGGAACACACAUUUGUCCAGUGUAAACAUUUCAAAAUUGCUACUGACGGCUGCAGUGUCUUGUACCUGUGGUAAACGGUAGCGGCAGAGCUGUCUGCAAGAUCCUCCUUAUAGCUCCUCUUGGUGACAAGCUGCUGCAAAAGCAAAACCAGCCCAUGGGAUACAGAAUAACACAAAUACACAAAUCACGUGUCAAACUGCUGAAAGAAGCUAGGCAAAGGCCUGAACGUCAGCUCUGUGUGACCGUUAUUUAAAUGCAGUCUUUAGUUCCAUCUCUGCUUCGGGAUGGAGGCUGACCUGUGUGGCCACUGCAGGAGCCACCUGCUGCCUCUCUAGCUAAGCCAGUUGGCCUCCACCUUCCCUCUCCCAGUCAUUUUCUCUAGUGCUGCUUUGUGCUGAAGGAACAUUUAGUUUACUGCACUUGAUCUGUAAAUGGACUUUGAUUCUUUGUAAUUUUAGGGGGUUAAAUUUGGUGGUUAAUUUAAAAAAAAAAAAAAAGCAAAAAAAACCCUCAAUGUUGCCUUUACAUCACAUAUAAAUAACUGUGUUUCUCUUUUCUUGAAAGGUGAUAGAAGCACUGAUUAGUAGCAAAACCUUGUUUUAGCUUUUGGAUUUUUUUGUGCUGGAUUUUUUUACGUGUAAAUUUCCAAUAACAUGUCAUUUCUAUAAGAUUUGUUUAAAAUCAUGUACCUCUUAUUGGAUGAUAUAAAAAAAUGCUACAUAUUUUGUAAACAAAUCUGAGCAAAGUGUGUGUGCAUAUAUCCUGUAUAUUCAUAUAUGUAUAUUCUGUGUAUAUAUACACUGGUGUGUAUAUAUACAUAUAUACACACACACACGUAUAUAUAUGUACACACAUGCACAUGUGUGUGUAUAUAUAUGCAUAUCUAUAUAUCUAUAUAUAUAUAUAAGUGUUUUCUCUUCCAGGCUAGUGAAAACAAUGUGGUGCAUUGGCGUUUCCCUCUCCUGCCCCUCCCCAAGAAAAUAUCGACAGUUGCCUCUAAAUGAGUGAAUUAAACAACAGAAAAAAGAGCCCAUUUAAGCUGAAUGGUGUGCCUUCUUGUGCAAGGAGCCUGGCCAGUGUUUGUUACUUUUUGCCGUGGAUAUGUGAAUUCAGAGCAGAUAAGUCUUUAAACUUGCGAUGUUUGUUUGAAGUGACAGGCCUGGUUGACACAGGUAAUAUUGUUGUCAUAUAUAUACUUAGACUGUGUAAGGCAUUUGACUGGUACUGCAUAAUAUUUUGACUGAAAACUAAAACAAUACAAAAAUCAACAUGGCACACAUUAAAUGGAUUAACAUGUGGCUAACUCAUAGGUCUCAAUUUAAUUUUAAAUUUACAUCAGGAUCUUCCAGCAACUUGUUCCUGGCCUUGCUUGACUUAGCCUUAUUAAUAGGUUGAAAAUAAAUGAAAUCUACUUGUAACAGAGGCUGCCAAUUACAUGAGUAUGGAAGGGAGAUCAGACUUGUGAAUUACGAAAGGAACAGCUCACUGAUCCAGACUAUCAGAAUUACUUGGUAAGCCAAGGGCAAGUAAAUGAUUCGUGUUUUAGCAGAGCCAAACACAUAGUGUAGCGUUACCCAUCUAAUAAAUGACAUUCAGGCCAGAGGGGAAGGACUCUGUUUUGGAGGAAAAGUGCCACUGAAAGAGUAUGAGGAUCAUUGUAUGCAAUUGCCUGAACAUUACUUCCUAACACGAUUCUGUGUGACUAGUGUGAUGCUUACAGAUACAAAAAGAAAUCUUGAGUAGAAAUGGGGAAUUUAUGUUAACAUUAUAUAUGGCAUUGGUGAAACUUUAUUUUACAGGAACACUCAGUAUUGCUAUCGGUGGUUAAAAAUGGAUGAUGAAAUAUUGGCAACAGUCGGGACUGUAAAAAGGUUAUAAGUUCCAUUCAGGUGAGAAAUGAGGUGCUUUCUUAGAAGGACGUGAGAGUUACGAAGUUUUUAUGUCCCUUGCUAGAACACUGAAACCAGUAUUCUCUGCUUUCCAGGAUGUGUUGCUACUCCAACAGGAACUGUGUCAGAGAACACCUCUACCUUUCACUUUUGUGAAGAUCAUACGAUGUUUUGAAUUUGAGUUUCUUGUUUUGUGUGCAAGUAAGAGGCAGCGUGGCCUCAUGUGUAGAGGAUAGGCCAGGGAGCUACUGCAGUUCUUGGAUUCUUCUCACAUAGCUCAGCCAUGCAGUGUGUUGUGCCAGAAAAGUGGUAACAUUUAUUUUCUUUUUCUCCUACCCCAAAUGUUGAAUUAACCCACUUGUUUCUGUCUAUUUCUGGAGAUCCAAUCUAAGCACCUUUUGAAAGCUGCAAAGGCUAAGGUGAAAAGAUUCAUGAGAACCAGGAAUCUCUGUGAGUUCUUGCAGCAUUGGUAAUGAGGUGGAACUAUUACACUCAGGUUUUAACAAUGUCUAAUUUUGUCCCUAAAGUUUAUUAGAGAAAGGAGGAUGUAGGACUGCCUGCAGUUGCUCUGUAGCAGUCCUGUCUGCAGCCCUGUAAUGCCUUUUAAGUUGUGUAUUUAUUGGGGUAGUGAAUGGGAGCUGUUAGCAAAGUUCCCAGUGGAACAUGACAGGCAGGGUUCUCUCUUGGAUUCAGGAGGAUACAACAGGUGACUGGGCAGAAGGUGAUGCUGAAAGCUCAAUAACUAAGCCAGGACCGGUGCUUGGGGCUCCUGGGAAGACACCACAAUUGCAAACAAUCAUUUGAAGCAAACUGCUGCCUAGAGACUUUGGCCUUUUCUUAAAUUCCUGUGUUGGUUUGUUGAUGCCAACCAAAUAUGAUGGUCAGAGCCCCUUCACUUCAUCGUAAAGACAGGGGAGAAAGGCAGUGACCCCAGAAAACCUACAUGUUCUUGAACCUGCAUUUUUUAAUGCUGUUAGCACAGACGCGGUUGAAGAACCAGAUUGCACCAUCCAGUCCUACAUCAGACAAUGCUCCUAGUGAUCCACCUCUGUGCUUCUCUGAGGAUUUCCAGAACAGCUGUCCUCCUUUCAUGCAGUUAAUGUUUCUGUGCCAGCUCUUAACUCCCCAUAUCUUCCAGUAUGAUUUCUUUGCUUCUGGAGUUGGCACAAUACACCGUUAGUACUUUCCCAUGCCGGUUUUAGCCAGUAGAUGUGAAGGUCUUUCUUCAGAUCCCCAAGUCUCGUGAGAAAACUAAACAAGACCUCUUUGUGUAUUGUUGUAGGGCCACUGCAUGCUCUUUUGAGGCAGUGUUCACGUUGUCAGAUUUGUUGUUGCAUUAGGAAGUUGCAGUUGUCUCAGGAACAGGUACAGCAGUAUGGCAUAUGGUAUAGGAUUGAUAAUUUGACCUUUUGAAUAAAUGUGAAUGGUGUUGCAGACAAAACCAAAGAGGGGAAGGAAAAUGAAAUGCUGUUUAAGGGCUUAGUGUGUUCCUUUCCAUCAGGUGCUGUUAAAAGUUGCUAGGCUAAAUCUGUGGGCUCAUCAGGUGAUUUGAGGUGUAUUCAGAAGCUCUCCAGUCAGCUAGACUGGCUGGUGAGGUCAGAGAUGUUUUAUUUUUAUCCAUUGUCUGUGUUUAAAAAGUGCUUUCCGGGAAGCUGUCCCAACAGGAAAGAAGUGGUCUCUUUCACUGCCUCUGAGAAAGAUUUCAAUAAUUUUUGUAGUACCCAACUACUUGCAAAAAAAAUUACUGCAAUGUUUUGGAGUGAGCUGGAGACAGCACAAAAUCCAGUGGCUCCAGGUUUUAUUUGAGACUGGAGCCUAUGUGGAAGAUGAAGGAAACCACAAAGGUGUGCAGCGAUGCACAGUUUUUAUGGUAGAUACUGAAACUGUGGAGGUAGCAAGAGUGAUAGAAAAAACAGGAUGUAUGACUGCUACCUGGAGCUUUUGUCAAACCACCAGACCAGAGUUCAGUUUUUGAGUCAAUGAUAUAAAGCUUGUAGAAAAUCAAGUUAAAUGAAACACUGGUGACCAUGGCUGCUCUGAGGUGUUGCCUUCUAAGUGAUAUCUUACAUAUUUUUAUUUGAAAUGCUUUUUUUUUUAACCAGCUGGAUGAGUCCAAAUAGUUGUAUUUCCCAAAGCAGAUGAGGUACCUGCCAGUUCUGUUCACAGAGUGCACUUGGAGGUGCUUACUGAAGGGGAAACUUCUGAAAUGCAUGGCUUUAAGCUCUCCCAUCACCAAGCAUAAACCAAAGUUUCUCUUCAUGGUAACCUGGAAUACAAUCUGAAGUGCACGUUCUCCUUUUUAGUCUCAUUUAAUAUAUGCAUGAGCACAGGCACACCAUUUGGGAAGAUAUUAUUUUGUUCCCCGUGUGUUUGCUGGUGUGGCAAAGAACCAGGGCUGUCAUGGAAGAUGGGUUCACAUACCUGCAGUGGGAUUAAAUGUGACUUGCAUUCAGUGCUACAUGAGUGAAUAAAUCUGUGGAAGCCUGCCCUCUGCUCCACUGAUGGCAUACUUGAGGUGACUCCCUUACAGAGCAUCUGAUGAUAGGUCGUGGCAUCACUUGAAGGUUGUACUUUCUGUGGAGGAGUAACUGCACAGCUUGAUUGGUUACAUCUCAUCAAUGGGUGGUACCCAGAAAUGCGAUUCAUAGAAAAAUGGACUGCACCAGCUGUUUUCCAGCUCAUGAGUAGGACUCCACUAGAUAUCUUAUUAGUUUUUUCCAGCUACAAAGAAAAGAUUUUUGUAGGGCUUUUAAUCUUUUUAGCAACAGUGCUAACUUCUAGUAGUACAAGAAAAAUAAUCAGGAAGGAGUUUCAAGAAAAAUCAUCUGCCUCCCACUAUUGGGAAGUUCACAAACUCUAUCUUUCAAACUCUUCUGUUUCUGGAGUCCCUAGGGCCAGUUAGCAGGUAGUCCUGGGAAACAGCAUAGUGUGGAACUCUCUGGACUGUUCAAAUCUACAUUUCCUUCCAAAUUAACUGAAAGGAGGAGGAAAAAGUACUGUUUCCACUUGCUUCAGGCCGUGCAGCAUGAACAGUAUGUGACACUUCUGGGAUGAAUGCCAGAAAUAGGACUGUUGGGAGUUGCUCUUUGCAAAUGUUACUGGGUCUGCUGCUUCCAAAAGUUGAGACAGAUGAUCUUUAAGUUGGCUAGUAUCACAAAAGCAAACAUGAUGGUUUAAAGGGGGGAAGAAAACCACAAGUAAAUUAAAUGAGGUUUGGAAAAAGCUCAGCAGCAAAGAGCAGGAAUGACUCAUUGACUUUCUCAUACUCAUGUGCCUUGAAAUACUAAGUCUUACAGCACAGGUUGAAGCUGUUGCUUAGUUUUCUUCAAAAUAGUCACCUCUGUUGCCUCAGCUUAGACAGUCUCUCAUCUCACUACCAGCUCUGGUGUAAAAUCUGUUGUUACCUGCAACACAUUGGUUCUCUGGAAUGCCAUUUCACUGUCAGUAGCCCUCCUCUUUUUAUCAAAUCGAUCCCUCACUUAAGUCAGCCCAGAAUAUAUUGGACCUAGAGCAGGUAAGCAGACUUUUGAGUAAGUUAUGAUCAUUUUGAUGAUGUUGAAAUGGGUCAUACAAUUACUGUUGAUGACUUUAAAUAAUUCUCUCUUGCACAAAGAGGAACAUAUGGAAUAUUUGAAACAGCUAGUAACAAUAUCUAAUACAUCCAGCACCAUUCUUCCUGAUGGGACCUGACAUAGUCAAUGAUAGCAGAUGCCUGCCCAGUGAAGGUAUUUUGUUUGUCCAAUUAUGGAUGUACAAGUGGAAACUAAGUGGGUUGUCCCAGUUAUCUUCUCGUCAGUGGUAAAUAAGUACAUAGCACACGUGAGAAACAACUAUUCCAUCUGUCCAGUUUUGCUCCCUUGUCCUGUUCUGCUAACCCUGAAGAAGAGAGUUUGGAGGAAAGGGGAGGUUGUUAGGAAAAGAAAAUACAUAUUUCUGGUUUUAUUAUCACAGGGUAAUGUAUUCAUUCUUUCUUGAACGUGAAUGUACAGAACUAACAUACAGGAAAGAUGUGACUGUGUCCACCCGUGCUGAAAAAGACUGAGCGUUUCCUCCCCAGUCGUUGGCCUCUUCAUUUCAUCCUCUAAGGUUUGUCAGAUGUACUUGGAGCACCUUGCUCUCUCCAUUGAGCUUUCUUCUCCAGGUUUAUGCUUGUAAGAGAUUCAUGCCUCUUUACAGCCUACAAUGCAAUAACAAAACAAGAGCAGAAAGUAUCACCUAAAGGACCACAGAAAUGAAACUUGAAUUCAUGGUUUACAAAAUACCUGGCCUGUCUUAUGCCAAGUUACAGUUCUGUCAGGUGUUAAGAGAGAAGAAGAGAUAGUGUUAAAAUAAAAUAUCCAGAGACAGUUUGGUUUAAAUUCAUUACUUCUCUGGGAGUAAAUUAAACCACUUUAUUAUGGCACUAGAAGAUACAUUGUGCACUUCUAGUCAAUAUUUAAUACUAAUCUCUAGUCAUCAGAAGUCAGAGGUACUGGAAACAUAUCAAAAGUUAAAUAGAUUCCAGCUGCUGUGAAAAGAAGGGUCCCAAAGCAGCUGUCCUCCUCUUUCUGGUGUUUGCAUUCAUACUACUGCAAUAUAAAAGGAAAGUGUUCUGGGAAUGGUCAGCAUUUGAUCUGCUGACGCUGGGGAAAAAACCUUUCCACUGUUUUGUUUCAGAGUGCUGCAUCAUUUGCUUUGAUAAGUGAAUGCUGACAGCAAUGUCACUUGGCACUUCAGCAAUUCAGAGUGCUGGGGUUUUAAGGUUGCUCUAGAACAAGUCAAUAGAACAACUCAAGUCCCUAGAAACAAGAUUGAUUCUAUGAACACUGUCACCAGAAGAACUGCUUCACAGAAGGGCUGGAAGGGACCUCAAAAGAUCAUCUAGUCCAACCCCUCUGCCAGAGCAGGACCUCCUAGAGCAGGUCACACAGGAACUUGUCCAGGUGGGUUUCGAAUGUCUCCAGAGAAGGAGCCUCAACAGGGAAAAGCAGCAUACAAUUAAGGCUCUAACCAUGUAGAUGCUUUAAACUCAGGAUAUUCUGUUUCUGGCUGUCCUUAAAAGAACAUAGUGGACCAUUUCUCUGUUACGAGAGAGAAACUUUUUGUCUGAAGUAACAUGAUAAUAAGCUUCACAGAUUAUAUUCACGUUCCUUGACUUGAAUGCUGCUGAGCUUGGCUUCAAGACACAAAAAGCGCUCCUUGCUUCUUUACAGAAAUACCUCAAAGUUAAUAGUUCACCAGCUAUGUUAAAAACACAUAAAAAUAAAGCAUGACUAACUUUUGCUGCACUUGGAAUCUUAAACUUUACACUUGAUUUGCAUAAUAUGACAAGAGUUAAGUCAUAGACCUAAUUCUGCCACGUGCUGAGCUACUUUGCUGUCUUGCCCCAAGUUCUGUGCAAUUGAAGGAUGCUGAGCAUCUACAGGAAAUGAGAGCUCUUCUAUGACAUUCUUGGUUGAAUCAAAAAACAAUAAUUGGGAGAAAAUUUCUUCUAUCUGCACUAAAGGAAGAUUUCAUUUGUAAUGUAAUUAAAUGGUACGGAGUUACUGUUGACCAUCUCCUCCUUGUGAAAAAAGACUUCUGAGAAUUCUUCAGUCUGCUUGUGGAGAAACACAGUCAUUUGCUAUUUCUGUUCUAUUGAUUCUAUGAGUGUUACAGCAUGUAGAGAAUUUGUAGUAAGUCCGUAGUACUCCAUUGGUGCACGGAACAUUUAUUUACCUGCCUACCAGAUCCUCACAACAGAAGGUGCUCUUUCUAACUCUCACAGCCUGUUAGCAAAAUUAAGGAGUUAAAAAAGCACAAAUUAGGUACUGCACUGAGGGGAAAAAAGAUCUUUUUUUUGUCUUUUUUCCCCCCCUCCCUGUUAAAGGAAGCAUAUGCAGCCUAACAGUGACAUCACACUUUUGUGACCUGGGAAUUAAUCAAGGAGGGUCACUGAUGGGGGAAAUUGGGACUUAUUUUUGUGCAGUAAUAAAAUGAAAAAAAACCCCACCAAAACAACAACCAGAACCCCAACUAAAACAGUACUAAUUAUCCAUAGAAGGAAGUGAGGAGUUUAUGUAAAGAUCGAUUUGCACUCACCAGCCAAAAAAACAUCUUACCUGCUUCCCUCUAAUCACCAUGAUUAUGCAUCCCAGUAUAGUCAAGGCGAUCAUGACAUAGCUGAACUUCACACGCAGUGUGGUUUUUGCUGCUCUGAUUGUUUCAAUCCUUAAGAAAUAAUAAAAAACCCAGACUCAUCGUCAGAGACCCAAAUAAAUAACCUGGAUAAUUGUU